UAAAAUGUUCAAAUUAUACUUUGCAAAUUAUAUCCUAACGGAAGAAAACUAGGAUGGAAUCAUCUGAAGAAAAUACUAAUAUUAAUGAAAAACAAAUCAGCUUACCAGAAAUAAAUGUACCAAAUACUUUUAUAAACAACAUAGAGGACAAUGUCGAAGACUAUGGCCAAAAUAUCAGUCAACAGAGUAUUAAAUUUAAUAUUGAAGAAGCGGUAGAUGUGAAGUACAUGAAUUCGGAAUCAUUAGAUACCUUAAAAGAUUUAAAAUCAAGUUCCAGCCAUAAUUUAGUAGUCAAAAAAACUUCUGAACGGAUAUUUCUGAUAAAAAAUAAUUACAAAUUGAAAAUACCGAAUAAAAACUGUUCCCGUUUAGAAAGAAUAAGGACUGUUCACUUCAAAAAUCAACGGAGCAAAAAUGUAUAUAAAAAGUUAGAAUUAUACCGGUGUAAUAAUAAAAGAAAUAGUUCAAGUUUUGGAAAAAUGAAAAGAAGUCUUCGCUCUGACUCUGUUUUAAAUACAGUUCAUCCUACGAAACGAAUAAAAAGACAAAUAGCUAAAGAGAAUAUUUUUGGACCAAAGCUUACACAAAUAGAUAAUAAUAAAGCUAAUAAAGAAUCAUUUGAAGCGAGAAUGGGCAUACUAACUCCAAAACAUAGUUUCACGUCACAAAAUUAUAAUUUUCAAAGCAAUAAGCCUAUGGAGUUAGAAAAAAAAGAAGAAUAUAAAGAUAAUUGCAAUAAUAACUGCUUAAUAAAUUCUCAACAACAUAUUGUCAAUAAUAACCUUAAUGAAAAGAGAAAUGUUUUUACAACUGGCGUGGUUAAUAUAGUUGUAGCUCAAGUGAACAAUACCUCUAUUUUGGACUACAAUCAAAAAGAAACUCUGGAAAAUCUUAUGUUACAAGGAAGUCUUACAAGUGCUGAGAGCUUUAUUAGCCAAUUAGAUACCAUAACGUCUACUUCGAACUCUGAAAUGUCAAAUACGAAUAGUAAAAAAGAUUACUUUACAAUUAUAAGCUCAAACGAAAGUAGUUCAACAACACUCACUCCGCCUCAAACAAAUUUCGAGUUAAUUAGUGAGAAUGAUAAUUUCGUAAUGGCUAAAACUAGUUCUUAUUUCAAAAAGAAUAAUAGUGAUUCUAUACGUACGCUGACAUCUGAAGGAAUUAAGGAUAAAUUAAAAUCAACAAAUAAUGAUUUUCGGACUUUAGAUAGUCAAAAUACGAAACCUUUUUUAUUGGAUACAAUUAUAAAUAUGAAAAUAUAUCCAAACAUACCUGAAAAUAAAUGCCAAAAUCUUUACCUAGACAACUGUGAUAAUGUUAUAAUUACAAACGAUAAAAUUAAAACGAUGCCCGCAAGUACAUUCGAAAAUGACUAUAUUUCUGCAACACGACAAAUCAUUUUAAAAAAUAUAGAUAAAAAAUCAUAUAAAGAUGAUAGCGGUAACCGUAAUCAUAUAUAUCUACCCGAUGAAAACACAAUUAAAGAUAUGUUAACUGAAACAGAUAAUUCACAGAAAAGAUCUUGUUCAGAAGAAUCUCGUAACUAUAUACCAAUUGCAGAUCUAUGGGAAAAGCUAUCAACACUUCUUGACAAUGCAAUACGAAAAUUAGAAGAAUCAAUGAUGGAAAAAAUUAAAAAUGAAAUAAAACAAGUUUUGAGUGCUUUUGAAUCUAACAUGAACUUAAAGCUGGCUGAACCAAAUUCCCUAGAUGAGGGAUUGCAAUGUUGUUUAGUAAAUAAUCAAAUAAUAGAUGAGUUGACAUUCAAUUUGAACACAGAAUGUGACAAUGUUAACAAGAUAUAUAAAAAUAGUUUAGAGACAUUGCAUAAAAAAAUUGAACACGUUUUGGAUAUCAUAAAGCCGCCAGUUUCAACGCGUAUAUCAAAAGAUACGGAAGAGGGUCGUUCUGUAGCAGUUUCAUUGUCUGACGGGUUAAAAAUCAUACAUUCCACUAAAAAUAACUAUAUAGCACAUGUCAUUUCAAGUCCGAUUAGAUUUCUCAAGGAGAAUUUUCUUGUUGUUAUAAGUGCGCCCAUAUUUUGUUUUGCUUUGUUCAUGAUUUAUUGCUUUCUUGCCUUGGGAACGAAGUUUUGAUAAAAGUUGGAGUAAAGUUUUAUUAAAAAUAUUAAUCUU